CAACUUGACAGUGGGUCAAGUCUCCCUGGUGCUGCCCCAACACGACACCAUGAUGACGGUGCUGGCCGAGUCCUGCCCCACGCCCCUCCCGCCCUCCUCCUGCCCCUCCUCCAGGUAUCGAACCCUGGACGGGACCUGCAACAACCCCGACCAGCCACGGUGGGGCGCGGCCAACACCCCCUACCUGCGUCUCCUGCCGGCCUGGUACGCUGAUGGAGUAUCGUCGCCCCGAGCCUCGCUGGCAGGCCGUCCCCUGCCACCGGCGUCCCUGGUGGCCAAGCACCUGCACGGGGGACAUGUACAGACCCACGCCCACGUCUCCCUACUGGCCGCCGUGUGGGGCCAGUACCUCGCCCACGACCUCUCCAGGCCGCUCGUCGCAGAAGGAGUCAGAGGCGAAAGGCUACGGUGUUGUGGAUUGGUAGAGAAGCACCCGGAGUGCUUCCCCAUAGUGGAGGGUGACCGCUGCUGGGAGUAUGCUAGGACAGCUCUAGCCACCACCAGUGACUGUGCUCUAGGCGUUCGCGAGCAGCUGAACGGAGCCACGGCGUUCCUGGACGGAUCGGCGAUUUACGGUUCGUCCAAGAAAGAAUCUGAUGCCCUGAGACUGUUCGAAACGGGCCACCUCAAGACUCAAGCUGAUUGGCUGUUACCCCGAGCGACGUCCCACACCUGCAAGGACGCUAUGAUGUGCUUCGAGGGCGGGGACCUGCGCCUCAACACCCACGCCGGCCUGGCCGCCCUUCAGACGCUGCUGGUCCACGAGCACAACCGCGUCGCCUCCCUCCUGUCGGAGCUCAACCCGCAGUGGGGGGACGCCACCAGCUUCCAGGAGGCUCGCGCCAUCGUCACAGCCCAACUGCAGCACAUCACCUACAAGGAGUUCCUCCCCACGCUGCUGGGGGCGAAGACAGCCCAAGAGAAUGAGCUCAUCCCUCUAGCGGCAGGAUUCUACCACGACUAUGCUAUCAACAUUGAACCCGGCGUGUUCAACUCUGUGGCCACAGCUGUCCUGCAGCUGGUGCUGACCUUGCUGCCCGACCACCUGCCUCUGGGGCACGAGCAGCUCCCUCUCGCCAUGACCGCCCUCAACAUGUCCAUCCUGUACACACCCAGAGCCUACGAGGAGCUAAUCCGUGGGAUGGUCAACUCUAACUCGCUGACCUUUGACCCAGCUGUGAGCGACUCCAUCCGUGGGUAUCUUGGAGGGCUGGACUUGGUGGCACGGAAGAUUCAAAGUGGACGAGACCACGGACUGCCACCGUAUGUCGUGUGGCGUCCACUCUGCGGCCGCCGCCCGGCCCACAGCUUCGACGAUCUACACGACGCCAUCGACAAGGAACACAUCGUAAAACUUCAGUCGAUCUACUCCAACGUGGCUGACAUCGACCUCUUCACUGGCAUCAUCUCCGAGCGGCCGCAGGAAGGGGCGCUGGUGGGUCCCACGGCCUCCUGCCUCCUCGCCCUCCAGUUCAAGGUCCUCCGCCAGACAGACAGAUACUGGUACGAAACCGACCUUCCUCCUGCAGCGUUCACCAAAGAACAAUUAUUUGAAAUCCGGAAGGCAUCAAUGGCACGGUUGGUGUGCAACAACGUGCCAGGCCUGGAAGAAGUCACCCGCUCCGCCUUCCUCGCCGCUGACCAGUUCCUGAAUGCACCGGUUCCCUGCCACAACUUUGACAACAUAAACCUUGGCGCCUGGAAGACCCGUGGGAAGGUUGUGGUCGCCGAGGACAUCCUUCACAGCGUGGUGGAAAAAGGUAAACAAUCUGUCGAAAAGCGAAGACAAAUGGAGAAGCUGAUCUUCGAGCAGGGUUUGGUGGCGGGGUCGAAGUCCCCCGUAGGUUCUGCCUAUGCUAACAACAAGCCCAAUCCAACUUCGCUGAUCCUUGCCAACACAUCGGUGCUGCUGGAGGCCACAAGCAAGGAGCUCUUGACCAUCAUGCACGACCGUAGAGUCCGCAGGCAGAUCCAAGGCCUCAGCAACGAAUUCGAUUCCCUGGAUCUAAACUUACCCUCAGUCGACAUCUCCGGACUCGUGCCGCCUGCUCCUCUGAUCCGCUCGUGCAGGGAAACAGAAGAACACCGAGCAUGCGACGCCCGUAAUCGCUUCAGGACCAUCAGCGGCCACUGCAAUAACCUCAGACGACCGGACUUCGGUCGCUCCAACUCUGUCUUCGCACGCAUGCUUCCUGCCGGCUACGACGACGGCAUCUCCGAGCCUCGCAAGCGGUCGGUCUCUGGUGACACGCUGCCGUCACCCCGAACUAUCUCCACCACUAUACACAACGACAUCUCUCAUCUUCACGCCCGCUACACCCUCAUGGUAAUGCAGUUCGGCCAGUUCUUGGACCACGACAUCACCUUCACGCCCGUCAACAAGGGCUUCCAAAACUCUAUCCUAGACUGCAGAGAUUGUGAGGCGCAGCAGAGAGUCCAUCCAGAGUGCUUGCCCAUCCGCGUCCCGGACAACGAUCCCUUCUAUCCCUCCGUCAACAUCUCUUCCGGAAGACCCUUCUGCAUCGCUUUUACCAGAUCUCUGCCGGGUCAACAGACACUUGGAGCUCGAGAACAGAUCAACCAGAACACCGCCUACCUCGACGCUUCGCACAUCUACGGUCAGGAGUUAUGUGGCGCCCGAGAGCUUCGGAUAAAUCAAAACGGUCACCUGAAUGUCACGAACCACCCCAUCCGUGGCAAGCCUCUUCUGCCCCAGGCGACAGGUGUUCCGGAAUGCAAAGCAGAUUCGGGUCGGUGCUUCAUGGCAGGCGACACCCGGUCGUCGGAGCAGCCGGGCCUGGCCGUCGUCCACACCAUCUGGAUGAGAGAACACAACAGACUCGCCGACGGUCUGGCCGCGGUGAAUCCACAUUGGGACGACGAACGACUGUACCAGGAAGCCAGGAGGAUCUUGAGUGGAGAGUGGCAACACGUCGUCUACAACGAGUUCCUGCCCCGUGUCCUGGGCUGGAAUGCCAUGCGAUUAUACUCCCUGACACUGAAACCUGAUGGGUAUUAUGGAGAGUACGAUGGUAACUGCAACCCAGGCGUCCUGAACGAGUUUGCGUCCGCGGCGUUCCGUUUCGGCCAUUCCUUGAUCCGUCGGAACUUGCUCCGGAUGGACACCUCCUUCAGCGAGAACCACGACGGAGUCGAGCUGAGGAGGAGCUUCUUCAACCCGGAUAUGCUGCUGGAGUUCCAAAUGAUCGACGAGCUGGUGCGAGGAUUGAUUUCCACGCCCAUGGAGACCCUGGACAACUUCCUGACUGAGGAGAUCACCAACCACCUCUUCGAAGACGCUACCAUCCCGUUCUCGGGACUCGAUCUCGCUGCCCUCAACAUCCAGCGAGCGCGCGAACACGGCAUCCGGCCUUACAACGAGUACAGAGCCAUCUGCAACCUCAAGCGAGCCAGAACCUUCAGUGACCUGAGCAGGGAGAUCAAGCCGGAGUUGAUUGAAAAGUUGCAGAGGGUCUACAACAGCGUGGAGGAUAUCGACCUCUUCACUGGCGGGUUGUGUGAGACGCCGCUCCAAGGAGGCAUUAUCGGCCCAACUUUCGGCUGCAUCAUAGGCCUACAAUUCUCCUUCCUCAGGAAAUGCGACAGAUUCUGGUACGAGACGUCGAACCCCAACAUCCGGUUCACUGAGCAGCAGCUGAACGAGAUCAGAAAGGUAACAAUGGCGUCUCUUAUCUGCCAGAACUGUGAUGUGGUGGAACAGAUCCAGCGAGGAGUCUUCGACAUGCCCCAUGACUUCUUGAACCCCCGUGUGCCGUGUGGAGCCGUUGGGAAGGUGAGCUUGCAGCUGUGGCGAGACUCGAACACGUGCGUCAUCGGAAACCAGGCCGUGGCGGUGGGCGAGACCCGGACGCCCACGCCCUGCACCCUCUGCACCUGCACCUCGUCUGGCUCCCAGUGCCAGACGCUCAAGGUCAACUGCUUCGAACUACGGUCUCGCUUCGGCCUUGACGAGAUCCUGAGAGAUAAUGUGUGCCGAGCGCAGUGUGGAAAUAUCUUGGACCCUAACCGCCCUCCGCAACCCACACCAUCGCCUCGUCCACCCUCCGCCAGCGUCUUCAAUGAAGGGUUGACCCCUCCUCCUCCACCUAUCCCACCACAACCUCAGCCAAUCCCCUCUAGAGGUCGCCCCCUUCCCCCGCCUCCUUCCGCAACAGGUCCAGUUUUCCGCCCCCCACCGCCUCCCCAGAACAACCCACUCAGAUUCCCUUUCCCAAUUCCUCCUUUCCUAAGAUCGUUAUUUAGCUAGGUCUGCACGUCCAUAUCUUACACACACAUGAUUUUACAGUACACGCAAGAGGUAGUCUUGCGCCACACAUGGGAUAGGAUGGAACUAUAGGUAUGCAUGGCAGGCGUUCAGAAUAUAUUUCUGUCACCAGUACACUCCAGAAUCCUCCCCUUAUCUUUAUGGAUUCAAGUUCUCAAGCCCGACCAUCGUCCAGCGAGAGAGAGAAAACUAAUAAUGUUAUUUUCAGUUCCAUUCUCUCCAACCUCUAAAAAAUGUUUACCAAUUUUUGCUCGAUAACUCUAGCCUGUGCCACAGGAGUAAUAAGUAUGUAGAGCACAUAUCAGUUCCAUAAAUUUCCAUUCCAGACCUAAUAUUUUCCACAGAUACAAAUUCCGGGCAUCAGCCUAUUACGUGGAUUUGUUUCCAGGUCUUAUUCUAUUCCAUGGAUUACCAUUCCAGACCUCGACCAAGACGACAAAUUUCCGUAACAAAUCUCGAAUUAGACUACAGAUUUGUGUAUCAGGCCUCGACCUCGUCUACAGAGUUCCAUUCCAGGCCUUGAUCUAACCUACACAUUACCAUUACAGAUGUUGACCUAGCCUAUAAAUUACCAUUCCAUGCUUCUAUGUCUUUCUUGGGUCUUGCUGAUUCAAUGGGUCAGAAAUAUUACAAUAGAGAUUCUUUAAUUUUGUACGAUUUCAGCCAUGUUUAGGCUACAUGUUUGACGCUUAACUUGCUUGUACCCAAGAAAGACAUUUCCUGGCAAAUCUCAAGUUCAGAGGAGUGAUAUGUCUUUCCAGGACUCUUGUGUGUCCAAGAAACCGAAGCCAUAGUAUGCUCACAACCAGUCUCUUCAUCUCGCAGGAAACAAAAUAGUGAAUUGAGAGGCUCUUGUGUGUGAACUUGUUAUACAGAUUCCCCUUGGAAGCCUAGGCUUCCUGCGAUUUCCAUUCAUGUAUGAAGAUAUAUAUAUAUAUAUAUAUAUAUAUUAUUUGUUUUGUAUAUUUACACCAUAAGUUAUUUAUCCUGUAGCAACUCUUUGAACUAGACUGUGUAUAUAUAUACAUAUACAUAUGCAUGCAAGAAAGAUAUCCUCAUUAAAUAUCAGCUGAACUCCUCUAUGAUGGGUUCAAAAGAAUGGGAGAGUUCAAUUCUUUAUUCAUUAUACGGAAAUACCAUUCAUUAUACGGUAUGUGUGUGUGUGUGGAGCAUUUUCCACAAUCGUAACUGUAUUUUUUGUGACUAUAGACUAUAUAUAUAUAAUUGUUGAUAUGUAUCUGAGUAUCUGAAUUUGCAUGGUUAUUCAGAAGUGUUUAAAAGUCAUUCAAGUAAUUCUUCCGUGGAAGGACUCAGCUCCCGGAUCUCGAUCCUCUUUUCUUUCUUAUUCUUGUUAAAGUUCUUUUACAAACAUGUGAAAAAAAAACAUUGUGAGGUGGCUGGUCCAUUGAGCUGCAAUGUAAAAUAAUAUAUACACCUUAUAUAUAUAUAUAUAUAUAUAUAUAUAUAUAUAUAUAUAUAUAUAUAUAUAUAUAUAUAUAUAUAUAUAUAUAUAUAUAUAUAUAUAUAUAUAUAUAUAUAUAUAUAUAUGUGUGUUACUAAAGAAAUAAUUUCCAGGAAAACAGAUACAUCCAAAAUUGCAAUCUCUGUGGAGCCUAACCUUCAUAAUUGAUCUAAAUUUUCUUGCUCUGUUUUUGGACCAAUUUGUGCUGUAUUUUCCACCGCCAUCUCUUCCCAUCCCAAGUUAGCAGACCUUUAACUUAAUGUACAUAAUUGUGAAUGUGUAUGUGUAUAUAUUAUGACGAAUCUAUGCUGGGUUGACGUGGCCUAGAUGAGCUCGACGAUUUAAUGCCUCAAAAGUCAUUAGAGGAUUCAAUGCCUCUAAAUAGUCAUUAGGAGGAAUCCGACACCUUAAGACAGUCAUUUCAUGAUUCAACACCUCAGUACAGUAUUCAACACAGGAUUUAACACCUCAAAAUAGUCAUUAGAGGGAUCCAACGCGUUAGCAAUUUUUCAUUCAGCUUGACUAGAAUUUCCUCACACACACAUAUAUAUAUAUAUAAAUAUAUACAAAAAAGUGACGAGCAAUUCACCGUGUCAGAGAACUCUUAUUAAUCCCUACCAAUGACUACCUUUUCUGUUUUCUCGAGUAUAGGAGGCCACUUAGUCAAUAUAUGCGAUUACUGCCAAGCGUUUGUUAAUGUUAGUCCUGUCUCCCUUACAACCCCCCCAAAAAUAGGGAUGUUUUAUCUGUUCUUCCUAUUCCGCUUCUAAAACUCUAGUCUGUUUUAUUUUAUUUCUCUUCUACAUAUACUUAUUUAUCAAUCGUUAUCAAUCAUUUGUUAAACUUUGAAGCAAAUCGGUAUUCUGUUUGUAUCUGUGAUUGUAAUUCUGUUUUUAAACUUCCCUUCUCAUAAUGCUUGUUAACAUGCUUGUCCUAACACCAGUUACAGCUCAUUUAUGUAGUUAGAACAUAAACGAAAUGUAGAUACGAAUUCAUUAUUUAACAUUAGUAUAUGUAAAAAAAAGGUUUGUGAUUUUUAUAUCAAUACUCGUUGCUGCUGUUACUUCCCGCUCAAUAAGAUGCGAUGUAUUCUUAAGUAUUAAUUAAUCUCUUAAAAUAGUCCACAGAAACUACAAAAUUUUCCCUCCCUGCCAAACAUUCUCUUAACACCAUAUAUAAUCUCUACCAACACCCUAUAAUUUCUUUCAACACCCAAAAAAUCUUUUAGAUCUCGAUAAAAUCUUUUACAGUCAUGAUAUCUUCAUACACACAUGUGUGAAGCUAUCGUGUUAAAGCACCUAGCACUUUUAUUUUUGUUCCAACACCCUAUAAUCUCUUCCAACCCGCCCUAAAUCUCCCUAGAAACUCUCUACCCUUAACCACUAAACUCACACAUUUGGGAGGUAGAAAUAGCCUAAGCUACUCUAUCCCUUUGAGAUGUAUUUCUUGUCUCAAUAAACAUACUUAAACUCACACAACCACCAUUCUCUCUCCCUCCCUACCCUACCCCCCUGAAAAUACAAAUUGCCCGUUAAAUCCCCAAUUAAAUCUACAAAUUGCCCGUUAAAUCCCCCAAUUAAAUUGAGAUUGUUGAUUAAUCCUAUUAUCCUCACGCCCCCCUGCCAUCUGUUCCCUAGCCUAGGCCACCUUGUCCCAGCAUGCGGAGUGUUGAGACGUCUGUGAUUAUUGUUAGAUGUAAUAUGUAUGAUGACGAUGAUUGUUCCCCGGGAUGGUAGCCUACCAGGGUGCCAAUUGCUUGUUCCCUCCUUUGGAUUAUUAGCAAUCUAUUGCCAGUAUUAAUAUUGUCACGUGAUAUCCAAUAAACGUGUGAAAUGUAGAA